AUGAUGAACAGUACACAAGUGAUGGAGUUCAUCCUCCUGGGACUGACAGAUGACCUACAUCUACAGAUUCCACUCUUUAUAAUGUUCACCCUCGUCUACCUCAUCACUCUGGUUGGGAAUCUGGGAAUGGUUGUGUUGAUUCUGUUGGACUCUCACCUUCACACUCCCAUGUACUUUUUUCUGUGUAACUUAUCUCUGGUGGAUUUUGGCUACUCUACAGCCGUCACCCCCAGGGUCAUGACUGGGUUUCUUCUAAGUGACAAGGUCAUCUCCUACAAUGCAUGCGCUGCUCAGAUGUUCUUUUUUGUAGCUUUUGCCACUGUGGAAAAUUAUCUGUUGGCAUCAAUGGCCUAUAACUGCUAUGUAGCAGUCUGCAAACCCCUCCAUUACACCACCAUCAUAACCACAGGGGUGUGUGCAUUGUUGGCCACUGGUUCUUACAUCUGUGGUUUCUUGAAUUCUUCAAUUCACAUUGGGGAUACCUUCAGUCUGUCUUUCUGUAGGUCUAAUGUGGUCCAUCACUUCUUCUGUGAUAUUUCAGCUGUCAUGGUUCUCUCUUGCUCUGAUAGGCAUUUCAGUGAGUUGGUUCUGGUUUCUUUUUUUUUUUUUUUUCCUCCAAGUUUCAACAUCUUUUUUGCUCUCUUGGUUAUCUUGAUAUCCUACACUCUCAGAUUCAUCACCAUCCUGAAGAUGCCAUCAUCCUCAGGAUACCAGAAGGCCUUAUCUACCUGUGCUUCCCACUUUGUUGCUGUUUCUAUCUUCUAUGGAACAAUUAUCUUCAUGUACUUACAGCCCAGCUCCAGCCAUUCCAUGGACACAGACAAGAUGUCGUCUGUGUUCUAUCCUAUGAUCAUCCCAAUGUUGAACCCAAUAGUCUAUAGUCUGAGAAACAAAGAGGUGAAGACUGCAUUCAUGAAGGUUAUUUUAGGGGCUAAAUUGUCUUCAGGGUGA